GCUAGUAGCCUCUCUUCUUCCCUCUCUCUGGAUCACUCUCGGGCGUGCAACUUUUCCUUCCCUUCUUAUUCACAUCUCCCACCGUUCACAUCCCUCAUUCUGCCACCAACCACCGCCACCACCAGUACCACCACACAUCCAUCCUCCUCUCCUCCUCCCUCACCUCUAGCUCUUCUUCUCUCGCUCCGACGACCUCCAUUACCGCACCUCUCUCGAUCUUGUUCUUUCUCCAAGUUAGCUGCUGCUGCCCAUCACGUCGUGAUCCUCUCUAACACACCUUUCAAUUCGUCGACAGGGCACCAGCAGCAAGAAGAUCAGAUAGCUGUUAUUAGCAUGUAGGAUGAUCAGAUAGCUUUUCGCAGGUGUGUGUCUAGCUAGCUAGGGUUUGUGUGGCUCGUGAUUUGGAAGAACCCAGCACACACCUUAUCGUACUCAGAUCAGGUGGAGGUAGUCAGCUAGUGAUCCGUCGCUCGAUGAUGGCCGCAGCACCGCCGGUGCACAUCUGCAUGGACUCGGACUGGCUCAAGGGCAUCGUCCCCGAGGAGCCCGGGAUGGGGUCGUCGUCGCCGCCGGCGGACCGGCGCCUGCGGCCGCAGCACGACCAGCCGCUCAAGUGCCCGCGGUGCGAGUCCACGCACACCAAGUUCUGCUACUACAACAACUACAGCCUCUCGCAGCCGCGCUACUUCUGCAAGACGUGCCGCCGCUACUGGACCAAGGGCGGCUCGCUCCGCAACGUCCCCGUCGGCGGCGGAUGCCGCAAGAACAAGCGCGCCAGCGCCAAGAAGCCCGCCGCGCCGCCGAUGCUGCAGGCGCACGCGCGGCAGGUGGCGGAGACCGGCCUCCACCUGUCCUUCUCCAGCAUGCAGCAGCUGCCGCCUCCGCCCGCCGCGGCGGACCCGCUGUGCAGCCUCGGCCUCCUGGACUGGAAGUACGACCCGAUCCUUGCAGGAUCCGGCGGCGCGGCCGGCGCACUGGAUGGCGCCAGCUCCGAGGCGCACUUCGCGGGGGCGGGCAUGAUGGGCAUCCCUGGCGGCGGCGAGUGCCACGCGCUGAGCGCGCUCCGGUACGCGGCCGGCCUGGGCGACCACCUGCAGCUGCAGGGGCUGCCGUUCGGGGCGCGCGCCGAGCACGACGCCGUGGAGGUGAAGCCGGCGGCGGCGGAGAGGCUGCUGUCGCUGGACUGGUACGGCGAGGCGAGCCGUGCGCCAGAGAGCGCCAUCAGCUCCCUGGGCGCGCUGGGCCUGUGGAGCGGCAUGAUCGGCGGGGCGCACCAGCACCACGGCUCCUCCGCGGCCAUCUGAAUCUGGCAGAAACGUGCCUCCAUGCUUGCGUGGCAUGCAUUAGUGGUUUGCUAAUGGCGUUAACGAGUGACUACGUAGGAGUGCUUGUUUUUUCUUUCUUCUGUUGGUUUUGCUAUUGUCAUCUUCUGUUUGGUUUCAUCGUUUUGUUUGGACGAUCGAUGCUUGCAAGCUCGUCAUUUCAGACGGUGUCUCUGUUGUUGUCCCACUUCAAAGUUCGAACAUUUGCUGUGGUUCAAGGUUUUACCGAUCAUUGUGGAGCCAUAUACUCACUUGUUCCGUAAA